AUGAAACCCUCAAAGAGCGUGGUAGAAUUAAAAAAUGCUGGCAUGUUUAAACUCCCAAGCAUAUCUCAUAAAAUUGUCUUGAAUCAAAACAUCAAGGAUCCAAUGAGAUAUAAUUAAGACUUGAAAGCUUUUGAUUCUGAAAAUAUCAACAAGAGUAAAAUGACAGAUUACAUCUCUGGAACUUCUAUAACUCAGUCAAUGGAAUAUUAAUAACCUUAUUAGCCUAAUCAAGUCUACCAAAGUCCAAUAGUCCUCGUGGAUUAAUUAAAAAAGAGUAAUGAAGUUAUUUAGGAUCCCUAGUCUAACAUUAAGGUUUAUAUGAAUUUCGAAGUGGAUUUAUCGUAGCAAGAUUCUUAAUGGAAAGUAAAGCUACAAAGGUCCCAGUCAAAUGCGAUUUUACAACCACUAUAAAAUUAGUAAUAUACCAGAUACAAAUAGUUUUAGAUGGCAUUGAGAAACGAGAACAAAGUUAAUAGACCUCUCUAUGUCAAAGAUAGUUCAAAAGUUUAUGAUAGAGCUAAAGAUGAGGAUAAAAUAAGGAGCAUGCUGAAGGACAUGAAAUUCCGAAAGAAUUCUCAUCAGGUUGGAUUUUUAGUUCCACCAACGCAGCUUAAUAUAAGAACUAAUCUUAGAUAAAGUAUUGAUACUUCUAAAAUUCUGAACGACUAAUCAGCUAUCAUUAAGAAGACUGACGAGUCUACAAUGUAGUCAUAAUCAAUUUUGCAAGACCUCAUCAAAGUAGAAGAAAAUGAAACUAGAAUGAGUUAAAACAAAUCUCAGCUGACAAUGAGAGAUUUAGGCUAGCUAUCUGCUGUCUAAGACAAGUCAAAUAUCUUAAGGAUAAAGAGAGAUAUGAUAUCUUAAGCAGUUAAAGAAUUUUCUCAAAAACCUUAAAAAUCUGGGUUAGCUGAGUUUGAUCCAUCAAAAGUUCAUAGAUAGCAUCUUCAAGAAGUAAAGCUAAAUCUAAAGCAUGCAAUACAGCUUAGUCAAAGAUCCUAGCUUUAAGAUAUUAACACAAAUAUUGAGAGAAACAUUAACUAAUUAGAUGUUGACGCAUAUCACAAGAUUAAUGAGUAUAUUGAGCAUCUCAAAAAUUAAUAGGAAAAAUCUGAGUAACCUAAUAUUAAAAUUAUUGAGAUCAUUAAGGCCUACAUGAAAGAGAUGGUUCGAGCAUUCAUAGAAGAAUAAAAGAAGAGCCAUAAAAGUGAACUUGAGCAUGAGUUAGAAGAAAAUCUUGGGAUGCUGCGAGAACUCAUAAAUUCUCCUUAAAAGCUUAAGAAAAAAUAGCUUGAACUUUUAAUGAAGCAAGUGAGUGACAAUAUUUUUAAGCAAAGCUAAAAGGAUCUUUAAUUUGUAGUCAAUCAUCAGGAACUAUUAAGUCCAAACAGGAAACAAUAGAUUGAGAAAAAAGUUUUGAAUGCCAAAAUGAUAUAGCAUUAGCAGGAGCAUCAAGAGCAAGAAGAUUUGUCAUCUCAUAGAAAUGUAGAAAGCAAGAAGCAGUAUAUUGACGGUUUAGUUUCAAAGACUCUCGAUAGUCUUUAAAAUACUAAAACCCUCAACAAAUUGGAUAUUAUUGAGCAGGUCAAGAAGGAUAGUUACUGCUUCAAAAAUUCAAAAGAAUUUUUUGAGACCAUAAAAAUGGGAGAUGUGAUUAAGACACUAAGAUUUCUAAAAGAGAACGAUGGUUAUGCUAAUGAUCUAGAUAGACUGUAAAGGACCCCACUUUCAUGGGCAUGCUAAAGAGGGUUCGAUAAAGUAGUUUAGAUAUUGAUUGAUUAUGGGGCCGAGCUAGAUACUUUGGAUUCUUUUGGAAGAACAGCAAAGGAUUUAGCUAUCCAAAAGGAAAACCCUGUCAUUGUUAAUUUUUUAAAGCAAGUUGAAGCUGGAAAAUAUGCAAGAUCAACUGAUAAAUAUACAAGUGCCAUUUAUAUAAAGACGCUUUUACCCCCAAGUAGAAUGGAUGAAGUCAUGAACCAAAAAGUACUCUCUUAAUCAAAAGUUAUUCGAGGAAAUAAUAACUCAAACAAUGUAGAUAUAAUCUCUAACCAGAGCAACACCUUGCACUUAUCCUAGCCAUCUCCAAUUAGUUUUAAAAAUGUAGUUGGAUCUUUAAAUGCCACACCUCUAAAUGAAACUGGAUAGUAGGUAAAUAGUGGACAAAAAGAUCAAUUCAAUGGAAACCCCAGAUCCUCAAAAUAAGCUUUAAAUGGAAUGAAAAUCAGAAACUCGAUGUAUGACAACAAAAAUCAAACAAAUAUUAGAAUCGAUAAUCAAGAUGUAUUGAUAACAAACACCCAGGAUACUAACAAGAAUCUGCAGGCCGAAUUAUUUAAAUCUGAAUUCCUGAUGUUUGAGUAGUCUAAUUAAGACCAACCUUAAAGUAGUAUUAAUGGUGAGAAUGAGCAAAGCAUAAGUUAAACCGCUAUACUUUAAACCCAUCAUUCUUCAGCAUCAUAAUCUUUGGUAAAAAUGAGAACCCUUAAUCCAUUUAGCCAAGAUCACCUCAGAGGAUUUAGGAUUUACGAUAAAAGAUUUCAUAGUUAAAAUCUUAAAAAAGGAAAUUACUCUACUAGCAAUCUUUAAUUUGCAAAUCCUAAUCUAAAUCUUCAGGAAGAUGGUUACAUUCAAGAGCAAAACCAACCUCCUAAGAUCGAUUAUAAAGAUUUUAUGAUGAAUAAGAUUAGUGAUAAGCACUAAACGAACAUCGAAAUACUUAAGAAGUAGCAGCAUAAAGAUUAAGUUCUUACUAAAAAAUAUGCUUCAGGAUAUUUUACAGCUAGCAAAUUUAUCAGACCAGAAAGAAAUGUUAUGCUUCUAGAUCCAAAAAAAUAAAAGUAUCUUGACACCACUGAAAAAAAGAAUAUGAAGUAUUUCCAAAAAGUAUAUGAAGAAGUAAAGAAAGAUUCUCAAUUCAAAGAACUUCUUGAAUAACCAAUUGUUAAAAGUCCUUCUAAGAAUUAAUUACUGAAAAUUCAAAGCUAGAAGACUAUAAUACCUGCAAUUAUGCCUGAUCAAUCAAGCUAAAGUAGCCAUGUAAAGGCGAUUGAGUAUAAGGGUCCUUUUAGCCAACCAGCCUUCUAUUUAACUGAUCCAGAUAACUACAGUGAGAUUCAUAAUACUAGACCAACACCAACUCCACUUUCAAUAAACUUUAAUGAUUUUAAUUCUCAAGGUCAUAGGAGACAGUAAAGUAGAAAUUAGAUGAUAGAUAUAGAUGAUUUGUAAAUGACAGCUACUUAAAAUACCAUUUCAGAUUCCAAAACUUCAUUUGAUAAAAACAAGAUUGAAAAAAUCAUCACACCUAAGAACAAGAAAAACUCUAAAAAUUCAUGGUCAAUCGUAGAUCAUAUGUACAAAGGAGCUAUAACAAGCCCAAUGAACUAAUUUGAGAGAAUAAAAACCAUUUCAUAGAUGUCAAAAAUACAAUCAUAGGCCACAUAAUAAUUAAAAUUUAAUCAAACCUCCAAAGUUCAGCUGAAAUACCUUAUCAAUCAUGAGAAAAACCAUCCGAUCUUUGAUAAUUUUGUGGACAAGGACAAAUAAAUCAUCAAGCAAAAGCAUAGUUAAGAGUAUCAGUAAUUAGGAGAAGUUUUAGGGACUUACAUAAAGUAAUCCUAGAUACUAUAGAGACCAGAAUCCAAAUAAAAUCUUGACUUGAUUGCAUAUGAGGAUGGAAGUUAGUAAAAUGGAGCAGAUUAUCAAAUUUAGUUGUAUCAUGACUAAUCCCAGUCUGUUUCUGCAGCUAAGCUCUAAGGUAUUUUAUAAGGUCAUCACAAGAAAUUUUUUGAUUCUAACUUUGCUUUAAAAGAAAAAGAAUCUGAAAAUCUUAAAAUUGAAUUUAAUAAACUUUAAACUGAAGCUCAUGAGUUGAAAUCAAGAUAAAUAAAAGAUGAGAUCUUAGAUAGAAAUAUUUAAAGAUAAGGGGUUGUUAGUAGUAAGGCAAAAAAACUAAUAGAUCUUAUAAUGCGAUAUUGA